AUGCUCGGCUUCAGAUCUGAUCCAGUGGGCCACAGGGAAACGAAGCUCAAAACCAACCUAAUUCCUGUUGCCUCUCAACCUCUCCGCAUCCCACUCAACUCCGCCUCCCAGGCAGACUUCGUCACAGCCUCCACAGUCAUUCUCUCGUCCACAGAGCCCUCCGGCCCUCCGCCUGCUCGCCUCGCUCCCGCCUUUCCAGUCCCCUCUCGCACAGUUCCAGAGUUUUCUGCUCCUCCUCGCCUGCCUCCUGAACCCCACCAUCCCCGGCCAGCCUCAGACUUCGCCUCUGCUGCUGCAUACGCUCCUCCUGCUCCCGCGGCGCCGUCGUUCCGUGCUGCUGUCCCUUCAGCUGCUCCCGAUCGUGUCCCGAACCAAUCUUCUAAAACUCACGCAUCCGAUUCAGCAGCAGCAGCAGCAGAAGCAGCAGCAGCAGGCGGAGCAGCAGUCGGAGGAGCAGCACGGGGAGGUUGGGGAGCAGGACGUGCAAAACCACCAGCCAGAGCCGAGCCAGAGACCCUCCUAGCCCCCCCUCGGCCUCUCUUCCCGCUCUCUCCCCCAGCCCAGCAGCAUACCCCAGAUUCGCCUCCCCCAGUCAAGCCUAAGGCGCAACAACUAGCCAAGAAGCUGUUUGCCACUCCAUUCGCGUCGUCACCUGAAGGCUAUUCCACUGAGAGUGAUGUUCGCUGCUCCACAGGGACAGAUGUGACAGGGGCGCUGAACUGGGGGGGAUGGGGACAAGUGGGCGCGAGUGGCUUGGAGUGUGAGGGGGAAAGGUUCGGAGAGGGAGCAGCAGAAGCAGCAGCAGCAGCAGCGGCAGAAGCAGAAGCAGCAGCAGCGGCAGCAGCAGCAGCGGCAGGGGCGGCAGGAGUAAGAGGAAGAGGAGGAGGAGGGGGAGAAGACGCAGGAGGAAGAGGACUGAGGGAAAGCGUAGGAGGGAGCGAUGGAGCACGGGAGAGAGUGGCAGUGGCAGGGUCGCCACUCUCCCCUCGUUCACCUGCAAGCGCCAGCAGGAGCCCUGCUCCCUCCCAACCAUCACCUCAGUAUGCCCAAACCCCACCGCGUGAACCACUCUAUCCUCCUCCUUCCCCUGUCGGAGGCAGCAGGAGUCCUAUUUCCGCCGAGCCUUCACCACGGCCUGAAACUCGAUACGAACCCUGCUCGCCACCGCCUGAACCACUCUACCCUCCUCCCUCCCCUACAGGAGGCAACAGGAGCCCUGCUUCUUCCCACCGAUCUUCUGCUCCCCGAUCGGCAGCAGCUGCAGCUGCUCUGAGUGCCCUCGGUGCGGCUACUCUGGCAGCAGGAGGCCCUCCUCUUGCUGCUGGCACUCCUCCUGUAGAUGCACAGACCCACGCUCCCUAUUCCCAUGGCCCAUCACCACAUAGAUAUGGUUCGGAGAGUGUGACAAGUAGUGGAACAGGUGGGGGGCGUGAGUCGGCUGUUAAUAGCAGGGGUGGUGGCAGUGCUGGUGGGGUUUCUGUGGCCAGCAGCGGGCAUGGGUUUGGUAAUGCAGCAGGUGCUGAUGUGCAGAUGAGUGGCGGUGGGAGUGCUGCUGCUGCUUCUGCUGCGGCUUCUGCAGCUGUGGUUACUCCACCGGUCCCAACCCGGCUGGAUUUCCAGUCUCCUGUUGGGGAACCACGAAGCAAGAAGAGCGAGAGUGGGAGAGGCAGAGCCGAGGAGUCUGGAGGGAAGGGGAGCGUCCUGGGAUCUGCCUGGAGGUCUGGUGGGUCGAAUAAGAAGCUGCCACCUGGCACUGAUGGGGAGCGGUGGAAUGAUGACGAGGACGAUGAUGACGUGGCAUCGUCUGAUUCGUCCUCGUGUUCGGAUUCGUCUGAGAUGUCUUCCACGCUUGUGGCGGGCGGUGGCGAGGACUCGCCAGCUGGCACAAGAGAUGGAGACUCUGCCAGCUCAGCAAGGGGGCAGCUGAAGUGGCCUUUGCGCCAGCUGGCAUCGGGGCUGACAGCAGAGGAGCUUCAAGCAAGUGCCUAUGAGGUGCUGCUGCUUGCAGCAGCGGAAUCCGGGCUUGUGUCUGCACCAGCGCCUGGUGCCACCAGUGCAGCCAGCAGCGGCAGCAGCAAGAGCAAGCCCUGGCGGCCUGAAUCCCCCGUAGAGCCCAAGUCCAAGUCCCCAGGCGGCUUCAUGUCCCGCUUUGCCAAGAAGGUCGGGGUCAACGUGGGGCAGUUUAAGGGAGCCAAACCUGCUGCUGGCAUUGCUGCUGCUGGUGGUACUGGUGGCGGUGGCGGUGGUGGUGGUGGGGGUGGUGGAGAGAGGGGGAUUGGGGAUGGGAGUGGAGGGGAGGGAGGAGGAGGAGCCCUGUCCCCGGAGCUGGCUCGCAUGCGGCAGCAACUAGGGGUACCCGAGUCUCUCCACGCUCUCCUCCUCUCAGCCCUCUUCUUCCCACCCCCCUCACAUACCGUCGAAAUGCCAUCCCCCAUCAGCCCCCUCAUCGGUGCAGCAGCAGCAGCAGCAGCAGCAGAUCAUCCUGCCUCUCUUCAUUCUCUCUCCAUUCCUUUCCCCUGCCCUUCCCUGCUUCCCUCUCCCCCCUUUCCACAGGUACCCGAGUCUCUCCAAGCUCUCGUCCUCUCAGCCCUCUUCCUCCCACCCCCAUCACACACCGUCGAAAUGCCAUCUCCCAUCAGCCCGCUCACCGGUGUAGCAGCAGCAGCAGCAGCUGCCGCCAUUCCUCCCCUCCCGCUCCCGCUCUGCCUGCUCCUCCACUUCUCCCCCAUCCCCGCCUCCCUUUCCUCCUCCUUCUCCCCUGGAGUUGAUGCUCUGAAGGCCGCUGCUUCUUCUCUCGCUGCGUCAUUCUCCAAUCUGUCGCCAGACCUCCGUAGAGCUUUCUACCACAGACAGGUGAAGCUGCUGCAAGAACUGCUGUUGGACGCCACAGGCAAUGCAAAGCCACAGGGCACAGGAAAGGGAGGAGCGGGAGGAGCAGGAGGAGCAGGAGGGGAGGCACAGGGUGGGGAUGAUCGUGCUGAGGUGGCAGCCGCCCUGGAUGCCAUGCUGGCACUUGUAAAGGGUCACGUGUUCAUCACCUCCCCGCCCUCCUUCGAAGCCAAGUGGAGCCGGAAGCUGAGCGAGCUGCUUUUGAUUCAAGCCCACUCCCUCUUCCCCUCCCCUCCCUCCCACACCCAUCCAGGGUCACGAGGUCACGAGUUCAUCACCUCCCCGCCGUCCUUCGAAGCCAAGUGGAGCCGGAAGCUGAGCGAGCUGCGCUGGCUGCUGGUGGGGGGAUUCGCCUGGGGCGGCAGGAGAGGAAACGCAGCAGCACUGGCCGCAGCAGCAAGCCACAAUGCUGGCGGUGGUGUGAGGCAAGGGAAGCAGCUACCGGUGCUGCCUGGUGCCUGGUGUCCCACCCGAGCGACCUUCAACGCAUCUCUGUACCAUCAGCUGCUGUCCGCCUGCUGUGACCCCUCCGAUUCAGCCUCUUCCAUCGACCUCCUCUUUGUAACGCCCUGCAAGCUUGGACCCUCUGCCAAAAGUUCGAUGAGGUCCUAUCCUCAUCCCCCGCUCGUCCUCUCUCUCAUUCUUCCUUGCUCUCGCAUCAUGUCCCCUGUUCUCCCCCUCUCCUCCUCCAUCGUCUCCCUCCUCUUCCAGGCUUCAGUUCCAACUCUUCCUCACCCGCUCUCAUCACCGUCGCCAGCUGGCGGUCUGCCAGAUCAGCAGCAGCAGCAGCAGCUUCUGCCAAUCAGAUCUGCUUCCAGCAGCAGUGGCGCGAGUGCAGACGGACUGGCAGCACUGGAAUCGGCUCUUGACUCGUACCUGUGCUGCUGCGACCUGCUGGAAGCAGGCAGGAAGAGGAGCAGCCGAAGACACACGGUGAGUGGGGUUCAUGGGGAGUGGAUGGGAGAAGGGAGGGUGGUGAAGAUAGGGGAAGAGAAAUGGGCAGUCAUUUUUUCAGACCGCCUUGCUUCUGCCCCAGGGGGACCACCGAGCAUGGAGCGAGUGGAGGACGUACUCGAGUUUGUUCACACGUCAGUGCUCUCCUCCUUUGACCGCGCGUGCCUAGAUGCUAUGGCAGCAGCAGCAGCAGCGAAAGCCCAGAAAGACGCACAGGAUCAGCACAAUGACGGAAGCUCCUCCUUCUCUUUCCCAGACUCUUCCACAGACGGGCCUGCUUCGGAUUUCAGAGCAGCAGGGGCGGGCGGAGAGGUGGGAUUGGCUCAAAUGGCUGAGCUGGCGAGUGUGAUUAUAGAGAGGGAGGCUGGGGGAAUGGUUGGGGGGGUUGAAGGGCGAACAGGGAAGGGAGGUGGGAGGGGGAGGGGAGGGGGAGCGGAGGGAGGGGCGGCGAAGGGUGGAUGUGUUGCGGUGUUCAGGCGGUUGGGGGUGUAUGGGACAGCAGCAGUGGCGGCAGCAGCGUUGCAUCAACAGCUUGAUUCACAGCUGGUGGGGCCGGUUCCUCGCAGUGGUAUCAGAGCUGCACUGCACCCCGACUGCUGGAAGGAAGGCGUUUUCCCUCUAAACCCUCUCCAUGCGUUCUCACCACAUUCCACCAUUCCCAACGUCUCCCCCCCUGUGUACUUCUGCUUAUCCAUCACUACCCAUCAGGACCCGUUCCUCUCAGUGGUAUCAGAGCUGCACCCUGACUGCUGCAAGGACCCGUUCCUCUCAGUGGUAUCAGAGCUGCACCCCGACUGCUGCAAGGUGUUUUACGCUGUGGAUGCAUUCGACCGGCGCGUGCAGCAGGUGGUGCAGGGGGAGGUGUGGGCGGAGGAGGAGGAGGCGAAGAAGAGAGCAGGAGAGGGGCAUGGGGGAUACGGGCAUGCUUCUCAAAUUGCCAGCGAGCUGAACGCUUACCAGAUUGACCCUGUGAUGAAGCGUCUGUUCUCAGCCUGGGUGUCAGCGCAGCAGCAGAAGCUCCACGUGUGGAUGGAGAGAGGAGUUGAGGCAGAGACGUUCGAGCCGGCUUCAGAUACACUCAAGCACGGGGCUUUUGCAGUGGAUGCUGUGCGGCUGGUAGAAGAGGUCCUAGAGCAGUUCUUUCGUCUUGGCCUGCCCCCCCGCCUGCCCAUGCUGCAACAAAUAGUCCACAGCACCGACACCCUCAUGAGCGCCUAUGUUGCCAAGAUUGCCGCUCUCGGCCCCAGGGACGACCUCAAGCUGCCUCCACCGCCCCUCACGCGCUUCAAAGAAGACUUGGCUCAGAGGCUGGCUGAUAAGGCGGAGAAAAGGGCGGAGAGGGAGGAGAGGGUGCAGAAGGGGAAAGCGGGGUUGAUAGUGCACCUUCUGCACCCUCUCUUCUGCACCCUCUCUUCUGCACCCUCUCUUCUGCACCCUCUCUUCUGCACCCGCUCUUCUGCACCCUCUUCUCACCUGCGUCUCUUUGUGACAGCCGAGCUGGACAAAUCCGAGAAGGCUCUCUGUGAGCGCUGGGAUGAGUACGCUCCUCACCUCAAGAUCGAUGACAUGGCAGCCAUGGCCCCGUCUCAGCUCGCCUCCUCCCUCGCCUUCCGUCUCUCCACAGAGGGCGUGGCUGGGCUCAAGAGAGGAAGCUUCUAUGAGCAGACCACCACGCUCGCAGCACAGCGCAUGCAGACCCUCUCAGACUACCUCGGCACCAAGGUGGUGUGGUGGGACCUGAGGGAGGCGUUUCUGGAGGAGCUGUAUCGUGUGAGCGUGGAAUCCUGUCGCAUGAGCAACCUCAUGCUCAAGCUCGACCCGGUGUUGGGGGAGAUUGUGGAGACCGUCUCGGACUCUCUGAGGGAUCGUGUCGUCACCUCUCUCCUGCACUCUGUUCUGGAGGGCCUGCUGCGCGUGCUUCUGGACGGCGGGCCUCUGAGGGUGUUUGCUCAGUCAGACUACGAUGCCCUGGAAGAUGACCUCCGCAUUCUCAAGGAGUUCUUUGUGGCGAAUGGCAACGGCUUGCCACAGGAGGUUGUGAACAAGGCAGCAGCUCAGGUGCAGCAAGUGCUCAACUACUACUCCCUCGAUACUGCUGACGUCAUUAUGGUUUACAAGCAAGCAGCAGGAGCCAGUCAAGCAGCAGGCGGUGCGUUUCGGGCCUCGUCAUUUGUGAAGGGAGGUGGCGCAGGGCUCACUGGGCACGAUGCACAUGUGCUUCUGCGCGUGCUUUGCCAUAGGGCGGAUCGGGAAGCUUCCAAGUUCCUCAAGAAGCACAUGCACCUGCCUAAGUCAUAG